AUCAAUAAAUAUUUUGAAAUUAAUGGGAAGAACAAACAAGAAUUGAUAUUGGUACGAUAAAAUUAAGCACAUUUGCUGAUUAUAAUAUAAACACUUCAUUUGAUUUCAUGUUCAUGGAUCGAACGAUGAAUUUCUUUGCAUUAUUUAUUCUAAUUUGACACAUGUCGGAUAGACGAAGAACACAAAAUUUUCUCUGUUUUCUGUUUCUCUCCAUCGCCUGCAAACUUCCCGAAUUCUCGCUCGCAACGAUUCUGUAGAGAUUAGAGAUUUCAUUUCUUUUGAAUUCCUCCCCGAGAGAUCCACAAGGGAAAUGCAUUCGAUUCCAUUGCAGCCCAGAUGAGAGCUUCUCCUGCAAAUCCACAAACCCUUUGAACGACAAAUCGAGAAUCAGAUUAGAAAUUGAUAAACGAUGGCUACCAAUAAGCAAACCCUAUUCGUGUUGUCUCUUGUGAUCUUUUGGUAUUCAUCCAACAUUGGCGUUCUUCUUCUGAACAAAUUUUUGCUAUCCAAUUAUGGCUUCAGAUUCCCAAUCUUCCUCACAAUGUGCCAUAUGUCCGCCUGCGCGAUUCUCAGCUACUUCUCCAUUGUUGUUUUCAAGGUUGUGCCGCUCCAGAUGCUCAAAUCCAGAUCCCAAUUCUUUAAAAUCUCGACGCUAAGCCUUGUUUUUUGUGGCUCCGUCGUCGGUGGUAAUGUUUCCCUUCGGUACCUUGCCGUAUCCUUCAAUCAGGCGGUCGGUGCGACAACGCCGUUCUUCACUGCUCUCUUCGCCUAUUUGAUGACGCUUAAGAGGGAGGCUUGGGUCACUUAUGCUGCUCUUAUCCCUGUUGUUGCGGGGGUUGUCAUCGCCAGUGGGGGCGAACCGGAUUUUCAUUUGUUUGGAUUUAUUAUGUGCAUAAGUGCAACUGCUGCAAGGGCAUUCAAGUCUGUUCUUCAGGGUAUCCUAUUAUCUUCUGAAGGGGAAAAGUUGAACUCGAUGAAUUUGCUGCUAUAUAUGUCCCCGAUUGCUGUUCUAGCCUUGUUGCCUGUAGCACUUAUUAUGGAACCAAAUGUUUGGGAUGUUACCAUAGCACUUGGAAGGGACCAUAGAUUCAUGUGGCUUCUUCUUUUAUUGAAUUCAGUUAUGGCUUAUUCAGCAAACCUGUUGAAUUUCUUGGUUACUAAACAUACCAGCGCACUGACACUCCAAGUUUUGGGCAAUGCAAAAGGAGCAGUGGCUGUUGUUAUCUCCAUUCUUCUGUUUAGAAACCCCGUCACAGUCAUCGGAAUUGGUGGUUACACGAUUACCGUACUUGGAGUCAUUGCAUAUGGAGAAACCAAGCGGAGGUAUAGAUGAUCGAAUGAAGCCAAGGUAUGGAAUCAUCAUCAUGAAGAUGACACAUUGUUAUUUUGUGACGAUCAGAGAAAUAUGGUUAAGAGUUGGAGAUUGUUUAUUAGAAUCAUAGGAAAGACGGUUGAGUAAUAAUUUCUUUCUGUUGGAUUCGUUUAUGUUCCACAUUCCACGUUCCAUGUUACCUUUUUUUAGAAGAUAUUGCCCCUUGUUCAUUAUCAAUUCAGCUGAGUUUUUAUCAUCUCGCCAAGAAGAAUAUAUAGCUCAGUUUUGAUUGAUCUCUGUA